AUGGAAGAAGAAAGAUUUCAGAAUGAGAUUGAGAAAAUUGAGUUAACAGACAAUGAUGCAAUGUGGAAUUUUCCUGUGCUUAUAUAUUUAUGUCUCUUUGCUUUGAUGGACUUUUUUUUCUGCCAUAUGUUCUUGAGGGACUGUUCUCCUAGGCUUAGCAUAUAUCUUAAAAGUGUAACUUAUCAGCAAAUUCAGUGGAGUAAAGUGCUGGUGUUAGAAAUGAUUCCAGUGAAUGUUUUGGCGUUAUUAUUAGUCGUGUUUGAUGCUGUGUACUCCAUUGCUUUGAUGAACUUUAUUUGCACUUUUCAACCAUUCUGUUGCUUGUCAUUAUCUCCAAUAAUGCUUGACUGGGUAGAAAUCUUCAACUGUUUAUAUCUUCAUGUCUCCAGGGGUUGUGUGGAGAAUUGUCAGGAGACGGGUUGUGUUGGAAGUCAACAAUGCUUUCAGCAUUGCAUAUUCACCGCUGAUGGUAACAUUUCUGAUGGUCGGUGGUACCUCCAAGAACCACUCUAUCUGAAAUGGAAACAAUGGGAUUGCCACAGUGAUUGCCGCUACUAUUGUAUGCUUGCAAGGGAGGAGGAAAGAAGAAAGCUCGGCGAGAAGCCUGUCAAGUAUCACGGAAGAUGGCCUUUUCGUCGUGUUUAUGGAAUUCAGGAACCUGUUUCUGUUUCUUUUUCUGCACUCAAUCUUGCUAUACAAUUUCAUGGUUGGAUAUCUUUCUUCAUUCUUGUCAACUACAAGCUGCCUUUGACGGAUAAUCGAAAGACGUACUAUGAGUAUUCUGGCCUUUGGCAUAUCUAUGGUGUCCUAGAAAUGAACUGUUGGUUCUGGGCUCCAGUUUUCCACAGUCGGUAA